GGUCCGGCAGUGACUUUAUAAUUUGAGUGUAUCAACAAUGGCUUUCCUGGUGUUGGGAAUGUUGAUGAGUGUAAUUUUGGUGAACGUUUCCGGUGCAUUCAAUGAGCAGUCGAAGAAAAUCUGUGGGAACCGUUACAGUGUGACUUGUUUGAAGUUGGAAAUUGUGUCGUUCCUGGAGCGAAUAUCCGAUCAGAAUGAAUACAGUCUUGUGUCCGGUGUGAGUGUUGUCAAGGACACGGAAGCAAACGUUACCAAGACGUCGGAAAUAAUUGCUGAAGUUUCGAGGAUUUUCCCAACGGAUCCCAAUAAGCGUUUGGAUGAAUUUCUGAUCGUUAAGUUGAAUGAUUAUUUGAAGAGUCACUCGCUGAGGCUGAAGCUGAUGGACAAAGAGGCUAUGGAAAAGGCGCGAGAUCUGUUUGAAGGCCGGAAGGGCAAGCUAGGCAAGAAAGGAGGCUUGGAGACGAUGAUUGCAGCAGCUAUGAUGAUGAAAGGAACACUGGGUGCAAUCGCUCUCGGAACCCUGGCCCUGAUCGCUGGAAAGGCACUGAUGACGGGCCUGCUGGCGUUGACCCUUGCAACAAUAGUUGGUCUGAAAUCGCUAACCAGUGGAUCCGGAGGAGGUCACAAGUCAACCACCUACGAGAUUGUAGCUAAGCCAAUGUACUCACAUUCCCACUCGGAACAGGACGAGAUCAGCCAUGGGAACACCGGUUUCAGCGGAGCCUGGGGACGAUCGCAACGGAUAGAAGCACCCGAGUAUUUCGCCCGCAAGGGCGUAUAG